UCAAUACCUUUACUUUGCAAAACUUGGAUUCAAAGUUAUUGUGAUAACUUUGGUUUAAAUGAAUAAUUUUCUUUAUGUUGGAGUGAAAGGAGUAUGUGUGUGACGUGCAAAAUAGGCACCAAUUUAUGAGAUUUUAAUGGCAAUUUUUAACUCUGCGUGUAUCACAAAUUAUAGAGAUGUAAAGCCCUAAUAUUCCAUUGAAGAUGAUCUGAAUGACCGUCCUAAAGCUUUUGGUCAGAAUUAGCAGAAGUUGGUAUUAAUGAUUCAAAACCUUAAACCGAGAAGAUUUUCUUUUCAACCGGUGUAUAAAUUAUAAUCAAGUUACAUUUCACAUUCCAAGACGUCUGCUAACUGAAUAAAAACUCUUUUUACAUAACAGUUAUAAUAGUUACUGUUUCUUUUCAGUGAUGCAGUGGUAUAAAUUUACAUUUUGGUACAUGAUGUUUUUUUGUUGAUAGUAGCUGCUGUGCCGGUGUGCACAUGGGUUCAAAACAUAACUCUGGUUAACAUAUUUUUAAGACAGAAAGAGUUACAUGGAACUAAAUUUCUUUACAGAGACCCCUACCUCAAAGUCAUACUUAGUGGUUAAAGGUCAAACUUGGUGCUGUUAGUCCUUUUGACACCUGUCGAGCUUGACAUGUUGUCCAAGGUCAUCUAGUUUCAGUGUAAAACAAUUCCUAAGAUGUUGUAUGGCAUUCAGAAGGAUAAUUGUCUGAUAUUUCACCUGUCCUAAAUAAAUGACGUAUAAAUCUGAAGUAUUGAUGAUACGGAAUCUUAACAUCACCGUGCACCAAUUUUACGUGGUGCAAUUUUAUAAUCAUUUAUCUACUAAACAUUUUACUUCAUAGACAACUUCCAUAUUUCUAUGCCUAAGACAUUUUAAGGAACAAAGAAAUUGCGGCUUCUUUGAUGCCAUGCAUCAAAAAUUCGUCUUGUAUAAUGCAAUUGAAUGCUUCAGAAUCGUUUACAUGCAAAUAUUCCGUUUUGGUUAAACAGACAUUACUCUCUUAAAACAGAAUUAGAGACCGAAAGUAUACACAGAGUCCCUAGUAUGUCACGCAAGAAAUUACCUUCUGUCGAUUCCCUAUGGAAUGUUUCCUGACGACUUCAAAAAGUCGAUGAGGUAAGACAGGAGGGGACCAUAGGUUUAUCCCUGUCCGUCUGUCCGUAUGUGUCCUCAAAAAAAAUGUUCCUCCGAUUUCUUAAAAACUGUUGCACCUACCUUAAAACUACACACACAUUGAGGGCAGUAUGUAGUUAAUAUCCGUAUAAUAUUUUUUUCGGAUCGGAUCCAAGAUGGCCGACUGGCAGUCAUAUUGGAUUAAAAUUCUUGAAAACUAAUGCAUCUACCUCUCUUAAACCUCACACACACAUAGAGGGAAGUAUGUUGUUAAUGUCCGUGUAACUCUCUCUUGCUGAUACCAGUAACAAAACACGUUACCAAUUGUAUGUAUUCGAGAUUUUAUACCUAUGAUUUAUAGCAAAACCGUACUUUAACACUAUUUAUACACAAUGGGCGGUUAUACGUCGAGCUUAUAAUUUCACGAGGGCGUAGGCGGAGUGAAAUUAUCCGUACGAUGUAUAACCGCCGGAGUGUAUAAAAAGAGUUCAAACACUCAAGAUUUUGCUAUAAAUUGCUUCGCUUCUAAUAUGUCGUAUUUUUUGUAAAAUUUAGAUCAGAUAUAAUAAUUAUAGAAUUUCUUCUUCGUGCAUGUAUGACGCCAAAUGGUAGGUCGUCACGCUCCUUUGAUUUUACACGCCUGAACCGGAAAUGGUAAUACGUCUUGCGGAAUAGUUCUGUUAGAGCGCAAAUGAUGACGAAUUAUUCUGCACAGUAAACCAACUCACUGUGUAUGAAAAUUAAUCAAGACAGUUUUGUCAUGUGAUAUAUUUCGUUUUAAACAUAUUUUAACUAAAAUAUUUGAUCAAAUUCGGAAGCGCCAUUUCUCGAUACAUUCAUGGCGUUAAAUAUCACGUUGACGUGACGUCAACAUAAUAUCGUUGUGAUGAUCAAGAAAUGAUACAUCCCAAAUAAUGAUUUGUCGUUGAAUAAAAUCAUUGUUUGGAGUUAAGCUGCGAAGGAAUUAUAUCACGAGGGCGCAUCAAAUACUUGCCAGAUUUAUGUUGAUUUCUUUUCGAAACGCCAUGACAUAACAAUUGUGACGGCUGAAAAAUGAACUGUUGAACAAUAACACACAGUUUUCAACCUUCUUUGUUUAAUAGGAAAACAAAUCAGGCCGUGUUAUUUUAGAAUAUGUUAUAAAGUAUGUUAUACUGAUAUGCCUAAGACAAAAACUCUGACAUACAAAUAUUUCAUUAUUUGUAUAUUAGUGGAUUAUUUAUACCGCUACUUUUUAUGUACAACAAACUACCUUUCCACAAAGCUUACGAUAUCCGCUCCACAAAUGGGUAAAUUUUGAUGCCUGGUGACCCCAUGUUUUUUUGGUAUCAUUUAAAAGAGUUGUGUCUGCUGAAGAAGAAUUAGUAAAUAUAAUUACCAUAAAUAAUAUGACCAUAAAUAAUAGGCAAGAAUCAUUUCAGUCAUGUUUUUGACUACGAAAUGAUAAAUCUUACACUGUAGUAACUGGAUUUCUGUUGAAGUGUCACUGAAAACUAUAAAAUAAGAAAAUAAAUUUCUAUAACAAAUUUUUGUCUUGUAAUUUAUACUUUCUUUUUCAGUAAACAAUACACUUUCAAAUGAUACCAAAAUUAUAUGAGCUUACCAGGCAUCAAUAUUUGAUAUAUUUUAAUAGCACUGUUAUAUAGAACUUGCUUAUUUGUGGAUCGGAUACCUUAACGAAGAAAGUAUAGAACAGAAUUAACGAAUGGUGACUAAUGUUAAUCCACUGUAACAGGUUAGGAGUAUGUGCCAAGCUAUCGAGGUGAGUCUACAUAAUUAAUAGUCUAAAUAGUUUAAACAGUUGAAUAAAUUCAUAACAAAUAAUAAGUCAAUAUUAAAGUUUUAUUAUAAUAAAUAUAAUGACCUUUGAAUACAAUGUACAUGAGAUUAAUUUUGUGUAUGACAUUGUUCUUAGUUUAUGUUUUGUUUCUUUGUUUUCUUUAUAUAUAUAUAAGAGCUAAGAGGAAGUUUUACUUUGCCUUUUUUAAACUUUGUUACAUAUAGAAUGUUAUGCCUUUAAGCACCCCGCAUUGGGAAUAUAAAUCUUAUCUUAGUCUUUUGUUUGUUUUAUGUGUUUAUUUAUUACGAAACAUUAAGUUUAUUUUAACCAAUCGAGCAUGUACUUGAAGGUAAAAAUAGAUCCUUGUAAUUUAUUGAAAUGUGAAGGACACUUGAAUUGUAACUUUUUGAUAAAAUGAAUGAGGAAGGGACUAAUUAAUGAAAUUUAUACGUUUUCAGUUGUACUGAUAGAGAGAUGCAGUUUUUACAUAACAUGUGAUGUAUAUAAUAAAUUAUAAAAAAAAAAUACUAUGACCUGUCGAAGCUACACAAUUAAAAAGUGAUUAUUAGCAAUUAGGAGUGACCUGUCGCUUUUAUUUUUAGAUUUGGAUUUUCCAGACUGUUCCAUUUAUUAAAUAAGGGUUUGAAAGAUAUUUGACUUAUUUAAAACUAUAAAUAUAUUUCAAAUACCGAACAGAUUGACAUUGCACUGAUAGUUUAGUUGGUAGAAUUGAGGAAUCUUGCUAGUGAUUUAACUUUUGCGAUUAAUACCGUGUUCACACUAGCAGAUCGGUUUUAUUUUUAUCAGGCACUAAUUGGCUAUAAUUGGUAUUUGACAUUCAAAACCCAUCAAAAUAUAAUCUAGUUUGCAUCCACACUAGGCAAAGAAAUGUGGUUUAAAUAUAUACAUGCAAUGUUGGAAGUUAACAAAUAUCUUGCAAUAAGCAAAAAAGGUUACAAAGAAUUGAGGCUGACUGAAACAAGAAGGGGUCAUCAAUGUUUAAACUUCUGUGUUCAUCUAAGAAUUUCUGUUCAUUCCAUCUAUUGUCCAUUUUGAGCGUCAGCAUGACUCCAUAUCGCAAUUUAGUGUUUUUGUUUCAUCAACAGUCCAAUUACUUUUGCCAGCCACAGCAUCAAUUGUUUGAUACAAAAGAGAAACACAUGGUAUUCUUCCGCCAAAGGGUAAGAUCUGUGGAUUUGGGAUUGUAAAACCAGAUAUAACUCACAUUUGCGUUCACAUUUGUAAAAUAAUGUAGUAUUACUUUUUAAUGUAGCAUUAAAACCACCUCCCGAGGUAGUUUUAAUGCUACAUUACAGAAACCACUUGACCUUUACAAAAUUCACGUUUAACACCACAUAUAGUGUGGACGCAAACGAGUUUAAAAAAUAAACCCAAGUUAAUGUAGGAUUAAAAACGUAGUCUGAACACGGUAUAAGAGGCUGUGGGUUCGAAACCCACACAAGGCGACUUUUUUAUGAUUGAAUUUGUUUUAUUUUAUUUUUCAGGUUUUUUUUUUAUUUCAUUUUAUUUCAUCAUUUCAAUUUCAUUUUUAAUUUCAUUCAUACAAUUUAAAUACAUUCAAUACAUUUCAAACACACGCGCCCAAUGGAGCAUCCUCACACUCGCUGGCGGCGUCGGUUUCCUCCUUAUAAGUGUCAUCAGCUAGUUGAAUGACUAAAUCGUCAAGAGCUAUGUCAACCAUGUUGAAUAAUUCACAAUCAUAAAGAUAUUUGAAAAACCUGUGUUAUAUGCAAAAAUAGCAAAAUGAUAAAAGUAAUGCAAUUCAAAUACAUCUUUAACAUUAUUAUCAUUUUAAAUGUAUGUUACCAAAAUAUCAGAUGAAACAAAAAAAAAAUAAACGUAAAAUAUAUAUAUAUAUUGAUCUCCGCUGGAAUUCGAACUCACAAAAGUUAGAUUCUAAAGGCGUCACUCUUACCACUGCACCACGGCGUCUAAUUGUCGAAGAGGCAAUCAUUUAAAUAUUUAUUAUAAAAAUAAGUUAUAUAAAGGUAGGGUACCCCUUUACUGAAGUGGAUUAUUCCAGUAACAUUUCAGAUCUAUUAAUAAAAGCGACAGGUCACUCCUAAAUACUAGUACGUUUAUUUACACGGCGAAUCAAUAUCUGAGGUCAGAUAUCGUAAAAGGUGUACAGACACUAAAUAAGGAAAUGUGGUGAACAAAAGCUGGUCGUAUAAUGGCGGAUUCAAACACUUCGUAGUUUUUGCUCUGCAAAGCAAUUUAGUUUUACAUAGAAUAAAGAAUGGAAGCUGUGUUUAUGCUAAAAAGGAUACGAAUUACCACAAUGAUAUUUGACAAAAACAAAAAUAUUACGUGUAGCGGAGGAAGAUUACUUAAAAUAGACUACAAAGAUAAAUUUACUUGGGUUGACAUACUAGAUCGCAGCGUUUUACUCGCAAAUGUUUUCAAAGACUGUCUUAUGUUGCUACAAAACAAAGAGGUGUAUGUAUUGACCCUUACCACAGGUCAUCUCUUAGCAACACUGCAGGAACAGUCAGACAGAAAAUAUUUAGACCUUAAAGAAGUGGACAGUACCUAUGGUAGUUAUGGUAGUAAUCAUACAUUGGCCAUAUACUGGACAGUCCAAGGAAAUGCUAGGGCGUUAACAGAAAAUUUAGAUACAUCGCGUUUAUUCAAAGAAAUUUCAGAAGAGAUUCAAGAAAUAAAAAAGUCGACAGCAGUUUUAUCUGUUAAUUUUGGUGAUUUAAUUUGUAAGAAUUUGAAAAAUGAGCUAAAGAUAAUACAGACGACAGGAACAGAAAAAUUAUAUGCAGUGAAUUUUGUAAAUGGAAUACAUUAUGAAAACGAUAUUUACGGUAGGAAUAAAAAAAUUUAUAGAAGGCGUCGAAAUUACUGUAAAAGCUCUAAGAGGAAAAUUAUCUCACUUGCAAAAUUAUCAAAGAUAAUCAUACCUUUAAAUGGUGAAGUUUUACUGAAUGUUAUCCCACACACCGGGAACCAGUAUCAUAUCAGAGACGAAUAUCCUCAACAAGUUUCAGGUGAGCAAGAGAACGAUGGACGCAGUGAAAUAGCGUUUUCAAAUGGUGCCUCGUUUCUGCCUUUUAAUAGUAAUCUUUACGUUCUUGGGUCAAGUUCAAGCCAUACACCAAUACAGCCGGCAGUAUCUGACAGGUCAAGCAGCCAUGCAAGGCAUUCAGCUUAUUCAGAUUUUAACGAGAGACUAAGGACAUAUGCAAGAUGGACGCACAGGAAACCCGACCCAAAUCAAUUAAGUGAAACUGGAUUUUUCUUCACAGAUCAAGGUGACUUGGUUCGAUGUUUCCAGUGUGGAAUCGGGCUAAAAGACUUUUCUGAAGAUGAUAAUCCUUUAAUAGAACAUGUGAGGCACUCAAGCCGAUGUCCAUUUCUGUUGGAGUAUCUUGGGCAAGCACAGCUAUCAAGUAUCUUGAAUCAAUUGCGAGUCCAAGACCCAGAGCUAAACAGGCAACGCCAGCUCGAAUUACGUCCGAGAACACGCCCGGAGGUAAAUUUCACAGUUCGACAUGAAGAAUAUCAAACUUUCGAAUCACGACUUCUUACGUUUGACAAAUGGCCAAGACAGAUGAUUCAGACACCCAGGCAAUUGGCAGAGGCUGGUCUUUAUUACACUGGCUUCGAGGACCACGUUCGCUGCUUUGCAUGUGAUGGAGGUUUACGGCGCUGGGAUCCGGAAGAUGAUCCCUGGACUGAACACUGUCGCUGGUUUCCGGCAUGUCCUUUUGCCAGAAAAGAGAAGGGCGAUGAAUUUAUAGCCCUAGUGCAAGCUUCGGCAGAAUAUGGGAAUGAAAGAAAUAAUGAAGAUUUAUCAAACGCGAUGGAGCAAAUGACUCUGCGGGACCCUGUGUAUAAUUCUGCUUUAAACGAACAUAAAGAUACAUGUUUAGAAAUGGGUUACCAACAAACAGAUGUCAACGAAGCUGUACAGGAAAUUAGAAACAGAGGUACUAUUUUGCACUCGAUUGAUGAAAUUCUUGAUGCUAUUGAAGUUAUCAAAGAGAGGAAACGUCAAGCUGUUGAACUAGAGAGAAAACAAAAUGAAACACCAAUGGAAGAAAAUCAACGUCUGAAACGUUUGAUCGUCUGUAUGUUUUGUGGUAAAAACAACGUAAAUGCUUUGUUUCUGCCGUGUACACAUCAUCGAUUGUGUAUGGAGUGUGCAGACCCGUUAACCGUGUGCCCAGUUUGCGAAAGAUAUAUACGACAGAAAAUAAGAACAUACCUGGUUUGAAUGAUGUGAAAAAAUCUUUGAGCAUUAGUAUUUGUAAAAUCAAGUGCACAUGAACAUGUAGCAUACCGUUUGUGCUCCAAAAUACUUUAUUUCCCGUGGAUACCUGAGUGCAUCCAGUUCUUCCUGCAAUCCAUGAAGACAUAUGAUGAAACAGCUCAGAAAUGUAUGUCGUCGAAUUUUAGAGAGAGAUAUACUCGCGGUGAAACAUUAACUGAAAUUUUUGUUUGUUUGCUCCAGAGAAUAUUUAUACACUCUAAAGAACCUUUAAUGAUAUAACGUCAACAUGGUGUAAAUGAAGUCACAUAUUUACCAUUGUUCUUUUCCGAAGAGGAAAUUACGUAAACUGUUUGAAAGAGGGGUGAAUAUUUAUUCAGUUCGAUGCUGUCCCUGUUAAAAGUAUCAGACACUUGGUUAUUUAACGUUUUACAUUGUGUAUAUUUUUUUCAUUGUAAAUACAGUUUUAAGUCAAUUGGAAUCUACACAGGGCAAGCUAUGUUAUGCAAAGAACUCGUUUUUUACUCAUUGAGUGUAUACGUUCUGGACUUUUAAACCUGUAUAGACGUUAGUUAAUUUUAGAUAAAAUCACACGCCAUUAUGUUAUGGAGAUAUGGAAAGGGAACAUAAUUACAAUUUUUGCAGAAAAAGUGAACAACAAUCAGGCACGUUUGUGAUUUGUGUAUAUGUGAUAUUUCGUCUACUGUAUUGAUAGCCUGAUUAAGUCAGAGACCACAUGAAUCCCACUGUAUAUCCGUUCAUCUUGUCUUAUUCUGUUUGAUUUUAGAUGUUUUACGUUUACUGAAUCUAACUGUUAUUCGUAAAAUACCGGUAACUACUUUCAUCCUCUGAUACUGAGCUUGAUCCCGGACCCUCAACUGCAAAUACUUGAAGCAAUUAACGAACCAAACCAUAAAAUGAACAAGUGAGAAAUGAAAUAGUGAAGGUAAAAAUCAAGUGAAAAGUCGAUGGCAUUGAAACAGAGCAGAUCAGCAUGGGAUCUAGAAUUACGGAACUUGAAUCUCAAAUGGAAAAAAAUGUCUUACAGAAAUGAAGUUCUUGAAUCAGAUUUUGAGUCGUUAGCAUAUAAUUAUGAGAAGAAAUAUGAAGAUUUUGAUAAACUAGAGAAGCAAAUUUAUUAUUCGGAGAAAGAGAACCGUCGAAACAAUUUAAGAAUGUUUGGUCUAUCUGAGGAUGGAGAAGAAACAAAUGAAUUAUUGAAAGUAAAAUUGAAGAAAAUGUUCUGAAAAUUGCCUAUCUAAAUGAUGAGUACGAUUCUUGUCCAAUACUUAGUGCUAAAAGAAUGGGAGCUAUCCAAGAUAAGCAGCCUAGAAUAGUUUUGGUAAAAUUCAAAACUUUUAAAAAUAAAAUGAAGCUUUUCACGAUGAGAAGCGAACUUAGGAAUAGUGGUAUUAAAAUAGCAAAUGACCUUACAAACUGGGAAAGAGAUAAGUUGAAAGAACUUGGAAUGCGAGGAAAAAGAGAAUAUUUUAAGAAUGGUGUUAUACAGAUUUUGCCUGACAUGGAACAGGAUAACGUGCAGAAAACAAGAGUAUUUAGAAAGGCUUCAAGGAAAUCAGAUGUGAAUCAAGGAUCUCACGUACACACGGAUACCACUUUAACAGGGGCGUCUUCAAAUAUUGACUAGAGGGAGGCCAAAGCUCUGCACAUUUUUAUAAUAAUUUGAACAUUUUAUCCUAGAAUAUAUGUGGUUUCGCAGAAAAGAUAAAGGAAUUUGGCUCUAUUGAGUAUCUAAAAACAUUUGAUAUUAUCUGUUUAAUAGAAAGUUGGGUUAUAUAUACAGAUUUAAGCCAGUAUUAUUUGAAUAACUAUACUUGUUAUGUUUGUAAUGCAAAAUUGUCGGAAAAAGGUAGCAGAAAUAUGGGCGGUGUUAUAGUGUAUAUCAAAAAUACCCUUUCAGCACUUUUUAGCCCUAUUUGUGAAUGUUUACGGAAUAAUUUUUCGCGUUGAUAAAACAUGUUUUAACUUAAGGGUAGAUGUUAUGUUUGUGUGUUUAUAUUUACCUCCUGAGAAUUCGCCUUUUUAUAACAAUGAAACGGAAUAUGGUAUUAAAUGGUUUGUGAGCCUUAUUGUUGACAAUGCAGACAUUUUUGAAAAUUGUGAAUUGCUGAUUGGUGGCGAUUUAUCAGAAAAUGAGUCCGUAAAUUAAUCUAUUCCUGAAUUGCAGGAAUGUAUUGAUAUUUUCAAUGAUAAUGUUGGAAUCCCUCGACAAAAUAUUGAUGACGUUGUCAUUUAAUUUGGCAAGGAAUUAAAAGAAUUUUGUAAAAGGUUAUUCUAUGUUUAUUAUCAUUAAUUGUAGAUUUGGGGAUAAUAGUUGAGAUUUUACGUAUUUUAGUACGCAUGGAUGCAGUAUUAUUGAUUAUUUUAUUUGAACUAGAACUAUUCUUGAUAAGAUAUCUCACUUUUUAAUAAAUUCUAGGUCUGAAAGUGAUCAUUUACCAUUAUUUCUUUGUUUGCAAAUGAAUAUUACUGAGAAUAUGUCUUCAUUAAGCGAGGAUUUGUAUAAAAUAUUACACCUGAAAAAGAUAGAUUUUGUAUAAAUAAGGAAAAUAGUAAGUUGUUUGAAUCUGCACUGUUAGACAAUGUAAUAGACGGUAUGUUUGAUGAAAUUGAUAAACAAAUUAUGAUAGUUAUUCAUAUAUUGACGAUAUUGUCAAAAGUUUUGAAAAUGCCAUUUUAGCAUGUAGUGACCCGUAUAAAAACGCAUACGAAAAUUUGUAAAUAGGUCGGCUGUGAAACAAAGUUGGUUUGAUAAAGAAUGUAAAGUUCUUAAAGUAAAAAGAAAUAAAUAUUUGAGAAUAUUUCGUGAAAGUAAAUGUAUUGAAUAUCUUAUAUUGAUUGCAAGAGAGAAUAUAAAUCUGUAUGUAAACUAAAGAAGAGGUAUAAUGACUCAUGUUUAUAUAAACUUGAAUCUGCUGUCCGAGACUCAACAUUGUUUUGGAGAAACUAGCAAUAAGAAGUGUCCUCCUUAUAUAACAUAAUAACAAUGGUAUUAUCAUUUUAUGAACGUCUUCAAUAGUAAGGCUGAUAUAGAUUUUAAUGCUGAAUUUGAAGGUCAGGUGAACUUCUAUCUAACUGGACUACAUCAAUAAUAGUUACACUACAUAAAAAAGGCCAAGUUACCCUGAUAAUUACAGAGAUAUUGCAGUAAAAGAUAUUUUUAGUAAACUGUAUAUAAGCAUGUUAACCAUACCAAACUACCGAGGUUCAGGCAGGAUUUCGUUCUGGGUAUUCAAUCAUUGACAAUGGAUUUGUAUUAUAGUCUAUAGUAAGUAAAUAUCUAUGUAUGAAAAGGGAAAAAAAGUGUAUGUCGCCUUUGUAGAUUUCAAGACAGCCUUUGAUUCUGUAAAAAGAUCAAAACUUUAUUAUGCAUUGUUCCAUCAGGGAAUCAAGGGUAAAUUGUUUCUGUCUGUACAAAGUAUUUAUAACACAGUAAAAGCAUGAGUAAGAUGUAAUAACACAAAUACAGAUACUUUUAAAUGUCUUCUUGGGUUGAAACAGGGCUUUAAACUAAGUCCUGUACUAUUCUGUUUAUUUAUAAAUAAAUUAGAUUCCUUUAUAAGAACGCGUGUAACGCAUGGAGUACAAAUAACACCAGGCGAAGAUGAAAUAUUCCUUUUGCUGUUUGCUGAUGAUGUAGGAUUAAUUUCUGACACCACUGGUGGAUUGCAGUCUCAGCUAAAUUCUUUACGUCGAUAUUGUCUGGAAUGGAAGUUAAAAGUUAACGUUGAAAAAACAAAAAUUGUUGUCUUUAAAAAUUAGUGGUCAGCUUUCUAGAAGGGUUUAUAAUGAUCAACGUAUUGAACCAAUAAACAAAAUGUCUGCUGAAGAGACCAUUCAUCGCGUUGAAUAGUUGUUUAAAGAAUAUAGUAAGUUGGAUGAAUACCAACAUGUUGAAACUCAAUGCAGAAAAAAACAGAAUUGAUCAUAUUUUCAUCUGAACACAAAACACAAUCUGUUUCAAACAUAUCUGUGAAAGUGGACGGCUCUAAAAUCAGAAAAUCUGGCAGUGUUAGGAAACUCGGUGCUUUCCUAGACUCGAACAGGAGGAUGGAGCAACAUGUGAAUAGUGUGUGUAGGAAUUCCUAUGCACAGCUGCGGUAAAUUAGUCACACCAGACAAUAUAUAACCGCAAACGCAGCCAAAUCUCUUACCAACUCUCUUGCUACAUCACGAUUGGAUUAUUGCAACUCUCUUCUACAUGGGAUUCCAAAACAGUCAAUGAACAAAAUGCAAUAUGUCCAAAAUACGGCAUCUAGAAUUGUAACUAGAACAUCCAAAUACGACCAUAUAACACCUGUGCUGCGUGAACUCCAUUGGUGUCCUGUGCAGUGUAUGGUAGAAUACAAAAUUCUAACACAUACGUAUAAGGCACUCGAAGAUCAAUCGCCAGCUUAUGUAGUGAACAUGCUAGAAAUAUAUACGCCAUCCAGAAAUCUGAGAUCGCAGAAUAAUGCAUUAAAACUAGCGGUGCCCACAUGUCGUACAGUGCGAUUUCGUGACAGGAGCUUUCAGACAGCAGCUGCUAGGUUAUGGAAUGUCCUCCCAUCUGGCAUAAGAGAGUGCAAGACCUUGCAAAGUUUCAAAAAGCGCUAAAGACGCAUUAAUUCAUACAAUUAUUUGGGAACUAAUCUUACUAAUUACCUGGUAGAAUAAUGUAGGUACUUUGCCGGCCAAUUAAUUACUCUAAUCAAGAAAUUUAGUGUGACAGAAUAAUGCAGAAAGUGUUCUUCGGACCGUUUGGGUGGGGAUUGACCCAAUCAACCGGGACGGUUUGCAUGCUGUGAUGCAUUUCACAGGCAUCAUACUGGUUAAUUCUGUCUGUUCAAAAUGUAAGAUAUCUUCUGUUCUAUCCUGCUCUAACCUGUGUCUUUGAUAUGUCAGUUAAUGUUUUACUGUAUAGAAUUUGGUUUCAUGCUUUGAUCUGCCUACCUUUAAUUUAAAAUGCUAGGUAUCUUAUUACCGUAAUGUAAUUUUAAAUUCUCUCUAUGAUAAUUCAGUUACCAGUUUUUAUUGAACAUUAUAUAAAUGUUUUUGUAAAGCACUUUUGAACGUAUUAUUAUAUGAAAAGAGUGCUAUAUAAAUGUUGUAUACAAUAAUAAUAAUUAUGAUAAUAAUAAUAAUAUUUUACUUGUAACUUAUCAUUGUUUACAAUGUCUGAACAAAAUGAACAUUCUAACAUGCUGUCAUGACAACUUGGUAAAUUGUAUAUGUGUAUGGGCCGGUGGCCUUAAUGCAAAAUAAUCUGAACUGAACUAUCUAACGUCUGUCUGUAUUCGGUUCGCAUUUAAUUUAACAGUGUAAGGAAAGUUCGUUCCAUUAGGAAAUAGAAAUAGCCUCGGAAAAAACAUCUACAGUAAGACUUGUAUAGUUGCGAAGGUAUGUAAACAAAUCGUUUGAUGCUGUAUUGCCAGUUCUUAUUUCAGAAAAUACAAUUUAUUCUGAUACUAAAUACAAAAGAGAUCAACUUAAACAAGCAAGAACCACAUCAUUAAUUGCUAACAUUACUUGCCUAGUUAUAGAGAGUACGUUUUCAGUAUGGGAGGUCGUUGGAUUGUGGUCUGGUCAUAUUAUACCAAAAAGGUGAAAAUAGAUACCAAUUGCUUCCAUGCUUAUCGCUCAGAUUUAAAAGGGAGACUGGCAUUUCUCUCAUACCAUAGUGCACUAGAUUCAAUCAGAAAUGAUUUUUUAAGAAUUUUGCAUGUAAAUCUGUCAAUUUAUAAGCGACUUGUUUCACUACAUAUGAUAGGUAUGUCGGAUAGAUGCACUAAGAAGAACAUGAACUUAUUAUUCUACUUGUGCAUAUCAGAUUAUGCAAAUAUUGAAAAUGAAAUAAACACUUAUAAUUAUCUAUGUAUUUACUAGUAAAUAUUUAUGUGUAUAUCAUAUCUAUAUAUUUUCAAAUCUAAAUUAAGAGACAGAUGUUGAUACAACCUCAGGCUGAUACGAAAUGUAUAAAAAAAAUCGUUUUGACUACAACAAAUUGAACAAUUUUUUCAUCGUAUUUUUCUUGGAAAAUGUGUGGCUGCGAAACAAACAUUAAAUUUGAGGAAAACAGGCGCAAAGAGGAGGAAUAAAUAUUUUUUCAUCUUUUGGCUCUCGUUUAAUCGUUGAUACAACCUCAGGCUGAUACGAAAUAUGCUUUUUAAUUCAACUGAAAUUCCGGAUACUGCUUUAUAUAUGCAUGUUAAUUUAUGCUAAUUUCUAAACCCACUUUAUUGUGUUCAUUUUAUUGGUAUGUAUAUAAGUAAGGUCUAUACUACUCCUGCUGUAUAAGCAUUUGUUAAGAUUGUUAAGGAUUGUUGUACGUUGUGUAUGGUGUUAAUACACAUUAUGUUAAUGGCCCAGUUGUUCAAAACUUUCGUUUAAUAUUUAACGAUGAUAUUUUCGUUAAAUAGCUUAUGGCUCGUUAAUUAUUUUGUUAAAUGUUUCUGUUAAACUGUUCGGUUGUUUAGAAUUUUUAUGCCCCCCCCCCCUUCGAAGAAGGAGGGGUAUAUUGUUUUGCAGAUGUCGGUCGGUCUGUCGGUCGGUCGGUAGGUCGGCCGGUCGGUCGGUCGGUCGGAAUGUAGACCAAUCCGUUUCCGGAUGAUAACUCAAUAACACUUGGGCUUAGGAUUAUGAAAGUUGAUAGGGAGGUUGAUCAUGAUCAGCAGAUGACCCCUAUUGAUUUUGAGGUCAGUAUUUUAAAGGUCAAGGUCAGAGUGACCCUGAACAGUUAAAUGGUUUCCGGAUGAUAAGUCAAGAACGCUUAGGCCUAGGGUCAUGAAAAUAUAUAUGGAGGUUGUUUAUGACGAACAGAUGUCCCCUAUUGAUUUUGAGGUCAGUAUGUCAAAGAUCAAGGACACAGUGACUAGGAACAGGAAAAUGGUUUCCAGGCAAUAACUGAAGAACGCUUGGGCCUAAUGACAGGAAAAUUGAUAGUGAGGUUGGUCAUGACCUGUAGAUGACUCCUAUUGAUUUUGAGGUCAUUAGGUCAAAGGUCAAGGUCACAUUGGCCAGGAACAGUUAAACGGUUUCUGACUUUUUAUCCAAAACCACAGGGCCUAGGGCUUUGAUAUUAA